AAGAAAGAGAAAAUAAUGUGCGAAAAAAAAGAAUUGUAAGGAGGUCUGCAUUGUUUAUGCUCUUACCCUCUUCUCACCAGGUUCCAUUUCGUUUCAUUUUGUUUUCUUUCUUUUCUUCAAAGCCAAGCAGAUGAAAAGUCAGCCUGCUUCGUUCUCUUGAACACCUCAUUUCUCUCCUUCACAAUUUCUCUUCCAUUUUUCAUUAUUAAUUUUCUACAUUCUAUGGAAUUCAAUUAAAUUUCUGGGUUCAAUAUGAAAGCUAGAGACUUGAUGAAGAACAUGAUGAAACCCUUCAAUUUCAACUCUAGCAAAGGAGGAUCAAAAGAAGCAGAUUUGCACAAGAUAGCAGCACAAGAGAAAAAAAAUUUUUCUUUUGAUACAUUGUUUAAAGCCACUGAUAAAUUUCAUCCUUCUCGUAAGCUAGGUGAAGGGGGUUUUGGUCCUGUUUUUAAGGGAACAUUGGUGGAUGGAAGAGAAGUCGCAGUAAAAAUGCUAUCACAUAGCUCAAGACAAGGAAAGAAAGAGUUCGAAAAUGAGGCAAAGUUGCUGGCAAAAGUGCAGCACAGGAAUGUUGUGAAUUUGUUGGGAUAUUGUGCACAUGGUGAGGAUAAGCUUCUUGUAUAUGAAUACGUCUCCAAUGAAAGCCUUGACAAGCUUAUCUUCAAGCCAGAUAAGCGUCAGGUGCUUGAUUGGAAGAGACGGAUGGAAAUUAUAGCAGGCAUAGCUAAAGGAUUGCUCUACCUUCACGAAGAUUCACAUAGUUGUAUUAUUCACCGUGACAUCAAGGCCAGUAAUAUCUUACUUGAUGAUAAAUGGGUUCCCAAAAUUGCCGAUUUUGGGAUGGCUCGCCUCUUUCCUGAAGACCAAACGCAUGUAAAUACUCGAGUUGCUGGUACCAAUGGUUAUAUGGCUCCAGAAUACGUUAUGCAUGGGCAUUUAUCUGUAAAAGCAGAUGUAUUCAGUUUCGGAGUCUUGAUGCUGGAGUUGAUUAGCGGUCAGAAAAACUCGACAUACAACCUAUCUCUUGAUGCUCAAAAUCUACUUGAGUGGGUUUACAAGCUAUUCAAGAAAGGUAAAAGUUUAGAAGUGUUGGACCCUUCAAUAGCGACCAGUGCGGUUGCUGAACAAGUUGCUAUGUGCGUUCAUAUUGCGCUGUUAUGCACCCAAUCAGAUCCAACUUUGAGGCCAACAAUGCGGCGGAUAGUUGUUUUGCUUUCGAAAAAACCAACAAGCAUAGAGGAGCCAACCAGACCAGGCUUCCCCGGCUCAAGGUAUCGGAAGUCUAGACAUCCAGAGGGAUCAUCCUCGACAACGAAAACAGAUUACAGCAGCAGUACGAUGAGUGCCGAGGCUACCACACGUACUGCUAGAAGUUUAGGUUCUGUCUCAUCUACCACCCAUAGUACUGCGAGGAGUCUAGGUUCGGAUCCUUCCCAUGGUAUUGCAAGGAGUCUAGGUUCGGAUCCUCAUGGUAAACGUCCAAUGGAGUAGUGUAAAUAAUCUUUUUAUGAGGUUAUUGGGCAGUGGAAUGUUGUAUAUUACUAGAUGUUUAAUGAAAGAGAAUACAAGAAAAGGGGGUUGAAUAGGGUUUUUCAAGGAUAUUCUUUUGACCAUUUUGAUUUGUUAGUUUAUGAGUCUCCAAUAAUGUGUAGCAAAUUAAAAAGAAUGGAGGAGUAUUUUAUAUUUUUUUUGGAGUCGAUUUUAGGGAUGUAAAUUAGAAUAGUUGCAAACGGAAAGAGAAUUAUUGGUUUAGUAAUUUAACAAAAAUCUUUAUUCCUUCAAACUAGUUUUUAAUAAAUAGAUUUAACUGAGAAGUGAAAUAGCCAAAAGCUACAUAAAAUACCAAAGGAAAAGCAAAAUGAACAAAAGUUUGUCGCAAUAUUCUUGUAAUUACUUUCUAUCUCAUUGAAAUUCUUGUGUUACAUUAACACUUUAUAGUUCAAAUGACUCUUAUUUGCAGUGGCAUAUAGAGCAUAUAUUCCUUCAAUCUCACCGUGAACAAACCAAGAAAAGUGGAUAAAAGUGGUAUUUUAUGAAAAAAAACAAAGAAAUAUGUGGAAU